GCCACUUCCUAAAUACCAGCAAGUUGUGCGCUCUUGGAAAGUUUCGGGCUGCUGACUUCAGGGACUCAUCUCUUUCUGGUGUCGGACUCCUCUCAGGAAUGCAGCGGGAAGAGUGAGAAGUCUGCUCCAACUAAAGUAGGACGAAGCUCAGUUUUCUCAUGUUGCCAUGUUUAGUUUAAAGUUAUUGUUGCGUUUUUUGUGGUGAGAGUAUGUGAACCAGGCUGCUUGUUGAAGGACUCACUCUAUAACGUAACGUCAGCGACCUUUAAGGAUUAUUAAAGACUGAGAUCUUCAUUGCGACUUCAUCCGCAUCAUGGGCUGCAGCAAGGUGAUGUGGGCUGCGCUGGGGGCGGUUGUCGUCAUCAUGUUAAUAACAAUCCCAGCAGUUUAUUUCAGCAAACAUGAUCGUACCAAAAGGCCAUUCACGCUUGAUGAUUACUUCAAUGACACCAUAAGAUGGAACUCCUACAAUUUGCUCUGGAUAUCAGAUAAGGAAUAUCUGCAUAAAACCAGAGAGGGGAAUGUCUUUCUCCACAAUGCUGAAACGAAUGAGGAGUCACUAUAUUUGAGCAAUUCAACCUUUGCCCAGGUGGAUGCCACAGGUUACCUGCUGUCUGGUGAUUAUAAAUACAUUGCUUUUGAAAGCAAUUACACAAAGAAAUGGAGACAUUCAUUCACAGCCUCAUACUCCAUCUAUGACAUGGAGCGCUCAACAUUUGUUUCACCUGUGAAUCUUCCAGCUGUUGUGCAGUACUUUGUCUGGGCCCCAGAAGGACACAAAUUUGCUUAUGUCUCGGACUACAACAUUUUUUUAAAAUCUGAUGUCACUGCUGAAGCUGUACAACUGACAUACAACGGGAAAAAGAAUGAAAUCCUUAACGGUAUCCCUGACUGGGUAUAUGAAGAGGAAGUGUUUGCAUCGAAUGGGGCAAUAUGGUGGUCAACAACUGGAAAAUUCUUGGCUUAUCUGGAGCUAAAUGAUACAGAAGUUCACAAAGUGGAAUUCUCUUGGUAUGGAUCUGAGCAAUAUCCUGAAACAGUGGUUGUUCCGUACCCAAAGGCUGGAUCGACCAUUACCCGGGUGAAACUGUUUGUGGUUGAUACCACAAAUCCAUCCAGCCGCGCACAGGUGCUUCCUCCUGCAUCCGUUGCUUCUGGUGAUCACAUUUUGUGCUCAGUGACCUGGGUUACAGACAAGCGCGUCGCUGUGCAGUGGCUCACAAGGAAGCAGAAUUACGUGAUUGUACAGAUCUAUGACUUUGAUGGAAGCAGCUGGAAAGAAACACGGAAAUUUGAGCAAACAAGUAAGACCGGUUGGGUCGGCCAUUACAUGCCUUUACCUCUUUUUUUUGCUGAAGAUAAACUCAGUUUCUACAAAGUGAUGAGUGACACUCAGGGCUACAAACAUAUUCAUUAUGUCAAAGAUGGCAAAGCAACACCUAUUACAUCUGGGAAGUGGGAAGUCAUCUACAUAACCAAAUUAACAAAAGGUGUCAUAUAUUUUGUGAGUAAUGAGUACCAAGGAAUACCAGUAAAGAGAAAUCUUUACAAGAUUGCGAUUGGAAGCAACCCCUCCACACCUCAGUGCCUCACUUGUGACCUGUAUAAGGACAGAUGUCAGUACAACACAGGUUACUUCAGCUUUGACGCCUCUUACUACCGAAUCACCUGCUACGGACCUGGAUUGCCCCUCUACAUACUCAUGGACAACAGGGGCCCAGGUGCACGCAUCGCCGUCCUUGAAGAAAACAAGGACCUGGAAAAUAUCCUGUCUGAAAUCCAAAUGCCAAAGAUGCAGUAUGGCACACUAAAGGUUGCAGGAUUUGAUCUUUGGUAUCAAAUGAUGUUACCACCAAAUUUUAAGAAAUCUAAAAAAUAUCCUCUUCUCAUUGACGUGUACGGUGGCCCCUGUAGUCAGAAGGUGGACUAUCGUUUCAAGCUGAACUGGGGCACGUACCUCUCCAGUUCACAUGGAAUCAUCAUCGCCAGCUUUGACGGUAGGGGAAGUGGUUACCAAGGUGAUGAAAUAAUGCAUGCGAUCUACAGGCGCCUUGGGACAUUCGAAGUGGAAGAUCAGAUAACAGCUGUGAGGAAAUUCAUUGACAUGGGUUUUAUUGACAAAGACAGAAUAGCAAUAUGGGGCUGGUCAUAUGGUGGUUACGUGUCCUCAAUGGCCUUGGGUGCUGGAACUGGGCUCUUCAAAUGUGGAAUAGCAGUUGCCCCAGUAGCCAAGUGGGAAUAUUAUGAUGCAGUGUACACUGAACGCUACAUGGGCAAGCCCACAGAGAAUUCAGAUGCCUACAAAAAUUCCACAGUGACGGCCAGAGCACAAAACUUCAAAACUGUAGACUAUCUAUUGGUUCACGGCACAGCAGAUGACAACGUCCAUUUCCAGCAAGCAGCACAGAUCUCCAAAGCUCUGGUGGACAAGCAAGUGGACUUUGAGACAAUGUGGUACACUGACAAGGACCACGCUCUCAGUGGAUCAGCCACCCAUCAUGUAUACACCCUCAUGAGCCACUUCCUGCAGAAAUGCCUCCUCAAUCCCAAAUAGAUGUGAAGAAUGUGACGGCAUUUAUAGUGAAGUUUAAUUUGUGGUUUGAUUGUUUUUUUUACUGGUAUUCUGAAGUGUCAGGUUGAACAUUUUGUAAAGGUUUUUAUGUGCAAUGGACAUUCACUUGCUUGUACAAAUGAACAUUUGUAUUUUAUGUGGAAUUAUGGAAUUAUUUUCUAAGUAUGGGUCGUUUUAAACAAACUAAAACUCAUCGCAUGCAUUUAUAGUCAAACACAUUUUGUGCAUAUGAUAACAUACAAUAGUUUAAUUGCACUGCACUGACUUGUUGUGGAGUGGUAUCAUACGUGUUUAGUUUAUGUUGUAAUGAAGGUAAA